AUGAGCUAUCGGGUUGCAUCCGCUCCAUACGUGCACCGUAUAAUGGAGCAUACCGGUGUCCGAAUUGUGCUGUAUCGUGAUCAGGAUCCGGAGUUGGUCGAGCAGACUGUUCGACCUGGGACUUGGCAGGAAGUAGGCCGCGAUACUAUAGAGGCGGAAGAGCAUCGAGAUAGAAUAAAAAACUUCCUCAGGAUAUCGGAUAUAGGUCCGCAUCCGUCGUUUUCGAGCCAAUCGCCGAGUCCACUGCGGCUGUGCCAGUGGCCGGUCCCAGUGCUAGGAUGCAAAUACGAGUUUGACAUCGGAAUAGAGAUACUACGGAGAGGUGUACUUUAA